UGCUAUGUUAUUCUUCGUUCUUUAGGGUUUCUAAUUAAGCUCAGACGCUGAAUCUGAGUACUACUCGUAUGAGUUUGCUGUAUAAACUUGGCUGAACAUGGAAGCUCCAAUACUCGAUGAAAUGAUUUUCUUUUUGUCAAAUUUGUGUUCUUGUUUUGUGGUAAUAUUUGUACUUCAUCGAAAAUCCACUGCAAGCAGGUAUUCCAGAGGGGGUAGAGGACGUCCUGGAGCUGGAGAAUGGGGUCAUGAAAUGUGUCGCCUUCAAUCGCCGGGGAACUCUCCUUGCCGCGGGAUGUGCUGAUGGAAGGUGCAUUAUCUGGAAUUUUGGGAAAUUGGUAAUUGCAAAGGAGCUUCAUGAUGAACAGUGUGCUUCUAUGAUAACAAGCAUCUCUUGGUCCAAAUAUGGAUAUCAAAUUCUUGUGUCAGCUAUUGACAAGUCCUUAACAAUUUGGGAUGUCUCGAGUGGGGAGAAGAUUAAUCGUAUUAUUCUUCCCGAAACCCCGAUGCAAGCUCAUCUGCAUCCUCGUUCUUCUGCUCCAUCCAUUUGCUUGGUAUGCCCUGUCUCAAUGUCAUCUGCACCUGCAAUUGUAGAUUUAAACACUGGAAGCCGAACUUUUCUUCCAGUUACAGUUCUGGACAAGGGCAAACAAGUUUUGACUUCAGCACACAAAAAAAUUACUGGUGUUUCGGCAAUUGCUGCAUGCUUCAAUAAGUAUGGAGACCUGGUUUAUGUGGGUAACUCCAAUGGUGAAAUACUUAUAAUAGAUUACAAAAGCAAUCAAGUACAAGCCAUGGUCCCUGUGUCUGGAGGUGUUAUUAUCAGAAACAUUGUGUUCAGUAGAAAUGGUCAAUACCUACUCACGAAUUCAUAUGAUCGAACAAUCAGGAUCUAUGAAAAUCUUCUGCCUUUGAAAGACGAACUUGGAACUGUUGAGGAACUGAAGAAGACCAUUGAUGUGCCUCAUGGCAUUGAGAAGAUGAAACUUGUAGGAUCCAAAUGCUUAAGACUUUUAAAGGAAUUUCAAGAGCCUGCUAAACAAUUACAUUUUAAAGCGGCUUGUUUCAGCAAUGAUGGGGAGCUUGUGAUUAGUGGCUCUGCUAGUAAAGAAGAUCAUGAUAUCUACAUAUGGAACCAGCUAGGAGAUAUCGUGAGAAUCCUUGAUGGUCCAAAGGAAGGGCUGAUUGAUUGGGCAUGGCAUCCGGUUUGCUCUGUUAUUGUCUCUGUUUCGUGGGGUGGUGUGGUGUAUGUCUGGUCUCCAGAGUAUGCUGAGAAAUGGAGUGCAUUUGCUCCGGAUUUUGAAGGGCUAGAGGAAAAUGUGGAAUAUGUAGAACGCAAAGAUGAAUUUGAUCUGAAUCCUAGGGAUGAAGAGGUCAAAGAAUCUGAUGUCACUGCUGAAGAUGAUGAAGUUGAUAUUCUGACAAUGGAGAAGGACGAUUUCAGUGAUUCGGAUAUGUCACAGGAAGAACUCUGUUAUUUGCCCAUCACUCCUUCCCCGGACAAGUGUGCAGGAACGUCUUCAAAGUUGAUAGACAAUAAUCAUUCUGGAUCUCCUUGUUCAGUGGAGGCUGGACAGAACAACCACGGAAUGAACCAUGCAUCAAGUCCACUUGCAGUCGUUGAUGCUUUUCUUGAAGAGGGCGCGGUAGCAGCUCCGCUGAAGAGAAAAAGGAGUCCCUCAGAGAAGGGGUGGGAGAUGCGUAGUUCACAUUCAAAAACCCCUUGAAACCUGUGAAAACUUUUUCGUAGAACAUUCAAAACUAAAUAAAAGUUGCAAAAACACUGGAUAAUAAUGCUGUCAGGAUGAUGAUUGACAACAUUGAAAUGUUCAUUGUUUCUCGAUGUAUUUGUGGAUGCGUG